GUGGUCUUCAUGGAGCUGGCGUAGCGGUGCUGGCGCGCAAGGAGCGUCCGAGAUGAACGCUGCGGAGGCCGACCGCUGGGCGUGGCUGCUAGUGCUCAGCUUUGUGUUUGGGUGCAAUGUCCUUAGGAUCCUUCUCCCGUCCUUCUCCUCCUUCAUGUCCAGGGUGCUGCAGAAGGAUGCAGAGCAGGAGUCACAGAUGAGAGCAGAGAUCCAGGAUAUGAAGCAGGAGCUCUCUACAGUCAACAUGAUGGACGAGUUUGCCAGAUACGCCAGGCUGGAAAGAAAGAUCAACAAGAUGACAGAUAAGCUCAAAACUCAUGUGAAAGCACGGACAGCUCAAUUAGCCAAGAUAAAAUGGGUUGUAAGUGUUGCUUUCUACAUAUUGCAAGCUGCCCUGAUGAUCUCGCUCAUUUGGAAGUACUAUUCUGUCCCUGUGGCUGUUGUGCCGAGUAAGUGGAUAACCCCACUAGACCGCCUGGUAGCCUUUCCUACUAGAGUAGCAGGUGGUGUUGGAAUUACCUGUUGGAUUUUAGUCUGUAACAAAGUUGUGGCUAUCGUGCUUCACCCUUUCAGCUGAAAAGGGAGAUGAAACAGCUGCGAGCCUUUUAAAAAUGGAUUUUCUCUUAGGUUAAAAAUAUGAUUUACACUGUUUUGUUUUUAAGAAACAAAAAUGCACAGGUUAGGUUUUUUGUUGAAUAUGUUUGUUCUUGGACUUUAUGUGGGAAUCUUACAAGAAUCAUGAUUUUCUAUACUUGUCAUUGAGCCAGAAAGGCCAGUUUAUGGCACGUGUGUGCCAACCAACAUCAUCCGAGAUUUGUAGGAAAUGUGAAACGUUACAGAGCGUCCACAUGCUGUUACUUGUGAUGUGCAGUCUUGGCAUAUCUUAGUCAUAUUGCCAACUGGAAAGUCAAAAUUUCCUCACAACUUAAGUACUUUGAAGACUUAGUACUAUUUCUAAUCCCGUUUAGAAAGUACCUUAAUUUUAAUACCACUGCUGGAAUAUGAAAAAUUGUUUUUUAAUUUCGUGCAGUGCCACUUAAAGAAUAACACUAAUUGAUGUUGCUUGUGCUUUUUCUUCCUGUUUAAAAUGUCAUUUGUUGGACAGGUGUUUGUAUAAUAUUAUCUACUUAUUUGAGACUGUUAAUUUUUCAUUACAGUGUUUUAUAAAUAU